CGCAACGUUGGACUGGAGUGACAACAACUGACGAACAAUCCUCAUUGCGAUAUGCAAUCUGGACUCAUCCAUAACUCCGAAAAGGACUUAUCACCACACCCCGACCCGCAAACCCUGUGUCCACCCCUCUUAUGCCAUAUGGACAACUGUCUUUAAAGCCCACGAUUCGAUUCCGUACCUUGCACCAGCGCCUCGACUUCCGUUCCCAACCGAUUAUCAAACGCAAUCUUCGAACUCCCGAGCGUUUGUAGCGGGCUAUAACUUCCAGGGUCGCCGCUAGUAAUGUCGGGAAAGGCCACCGGGUCGAAUGCGACUCCGAAUGGCGACGCAAAGCACCGAGCACAUCACGAUGGCAGCGCCGGGAGGGCAUUUACCGCGGAGCAGAAGACCGCCGUCAUAAGAGUCCGGAAAUGUGCAGCAACAGGAUAUUACGAUAUCUUGGGGCUGGAGGAAGUCCGCGCGUCGUGUUCGGACUCGGAUAUUAAGAAAGCCUACCGGAAGUUAAGUUUACUAACUCACCCCGACAAGAACGGCUACGAUGGCGCGGAUGAGGCUUUCAAAAUGGUCUCAAGGGCAUUUCAAGUCCUAUCCGAUCCAGACAAGAAGACCAAAUAUGACAAGUUCGGCGGGGAUCCCGACAGCAGAUUCGGAGGCGGCGGCGGCCCAGCGACGUCCCCCUUUAGCGGGUUCGCGCGAUCACCAGGCGCACGCGGAGGCGGCUCCAUGUUCGAGGAGGAGAUAUCACCGGAGGAAAUGUUCAGGCAGUUCUUCGGCGGCGGUGGCGCAUUUGGCGGCGGAGGAUUCGGAGGCGACUUUUUCGACGGCCCCGUUUUCAGUUUCAACAUGGGAGGAGGACCGGGGAUCCGAGUCCAUCAGUUCAAUAAUGGAAGACCUCGGCGGCGUGCGAAUGGAGCUCAGAACGAACCCGCACCCAGCGCCUACAGCACCCUCACGUCUCUCCUCCCUCUUCUCUUCCUCUUCGUCCUCCCCCUCCUUUCCUCCAUUUUUAGCGGGAACUCCGAACCAUCAGGCCCGCAAGUUCGCUUCGACUCUGUCUCCCCACCCUAUACGAUGCAGCACACUUCGUCGAACCUAAAGGUUCCGUAUUACGUCAAUCCUCGAGAUGUUCAAGACUUUGGCCGGCGGCAAUGGCGGGACCUGGAUAAGCAUGCCGAGACGCGCUACGUGGGUAAGCUGCACUCCGAGUGCAACAUCGAGACGCAGCAGCGGGAGCGGUUGGUGCAGGAUGCGCAAGGCUGGUUCUUCCAGGAUGAAGAGAAGAUGCAGAGAGCGCGGCAGUUCGAUAUGAAGAGCUGUCGGAGGUUGCACGAACUUACUAGGAGAUGACUGACCUAUGAUGGAUAACUGGCAGUGUUUUAAAUGCAUCAUCUCUCUGCAUACCCUUCCCACAUUCCCAGGGGGAAAGGAACCCAUCAAGAGUUUGGAUAUCGGGAUGUACUGUAAUAAUUGGACCUCGGAUGUGCAUAUGACGUGCCUAAAGGCAUGUAUGGAUAGUAGUGGUACUUUACUUUGUACUUGGUGGUGGCGGUGGUGGUGUCAAGGCGUUGGUCCAGGAGUUCAUCUGGCCUUCGAGCGACGAAGGUAUCAUUGAAUCACAAUCUAGUUUAAUGUACAGACACCAUGAGACCACCGAGAAGAAUACAGGUAUAUAAUUGCCAUCUACAGUACUUACUAUAGUAUGCAGUAUGGCUUUGCUCCAGACCAUGAUCGUGACUGAUACGUUUAUCAUGGUCUGCUUUACACCUGAUGAAUGACAGAAGGGGCAGUCUGCUACUUUAAGUAGUUAAGUACCUCCUUAUCAGUAGC